GAGCGGCAAAACGAUACAAGCGGUUAGACUAUGGAGGCAUGGGCCCCUCCAAGCACACUGGUGGGUGGCUCCCACAAACGGAAUACAAGCAGAGGCUGGUAAGAUUUCAUUUAUUCUAUAAGGUUUUCUAUAGUUCGAAGAUGUAUUCAAACUAUUUCAUUUUAUGGAUAGACCGUGGAGAUUGGACGAGAAUCCUUCGCUGCCGAUGUACAUGAGUGCACCCACAGAAGACGGUCCAACUAAUCAAGAUCAAUGACAGAUCCCGUGCGAUUGAGAAGAUAUUCCAGCAGCUGAAAAAAAGUCGAUCGCAUAUGUCAGGAGGUAUUACGAUACGCGAGCAUGAUCUUUACGACCUAUGGAGGGAGGCUGCUGGAGGGAAGAUGAAGGGUUGAGUCUAAGGGCUCAGGUCGUAGGGGGUGUAUCUGGAGUUUCUACCUCUACCACACAAGAUGAGAUUUCCAGGCAUGUUACGACAUUCUCUGCUGAGAUGGAGACCAGCUUCUCUCAGAUGAGGUCAGAGUUGGAUGCCAACAUGGAGGCCAAGCUGAAGGCUAAGUUAGAUUCCUUUCGGCAAUGGAUGAGGGAGCAUGGCAAGAUAGUGGCAGCAUUGGAGGAGGAAGCGACAGAGGACAAUGAGGAUGAGGUUGACGAGAUAGAGGGGAAUGAUUAGGACGGGUCUUUCCCUUUUUUUUAUGUUUAUAUAUAUUUAAACAAAUAUUCUUUUUUGUGAACAGUGAUCUACAUAUUUUAGAGUAAAUGCAUUUUAUU